AUGGCGCCGCGCAGUGUGGCUGACAGCGCCUCUGAACUCGUGAGUCCUACCAACCCAACUAACGCAGGUGACCUGAGCGGCGCCGACACGGAUACACUCCUCCUUCGCGCGAUGCCGCCCAGCACGCCCAGCACACCGGCGCAUCCAUCCCGCGCUUCCCACACAGUUCGACACAGAGCGACGUCCGGUUCGGGCUGGUCGGGCACAGCGCCCACAAAGCUCUUCCCUUCUUCGCUCGCUUGCACUUCCAACACCCAGGCCCCCGUCCCCACUUGGCCCGCCUACAAGCAUGGCCCCUCCAUCUGCCCAGCACCCACCCUCACUCGGCCGGUAUCUUCUCUCACCGGCACUCCGCCCUCACACAUAACACGCACACACAAAACCCGCGGGCGCCGACACCGCAGCGUGGUGCGCGAAAUCGCCCGUCUCCGUCGUGCUCGGUUUGAGGCGUGGGCUACCGCCUGUAUCCAGUCCAUGGCGCGCGACGCGGCGCUGGUGGGCGCCAUCCGGGCGGCAGUGGCAGAUAUGGAACGUGUCGUUGCGGAGCGUGGUGUUCCGGUGCGAUGGCAGUAG